AUGACGAAGGAGGAGUUCGACGACUGGCUCGUUGAACGAGGACUGUUGUAGAAAGAUCACCCGUGUCCAAGCUGUGGAAACCCGAGGAAGGUCAGCAAGCAGGAAUCCAACUACCUCUUUGCCUACGACCUAGGCACGACGAAGGAGAUGGCUCGAACGCUUGAGGUGGAUGAGCAAACCGUCCAGCAAUGA